AUGGCGGCCCCAAGAAGUGUACAGCGACUGCAGCAGACGCUCUCGCAUGUUCAGCCUACCACCCCGCAGCUGUCCAUUGUUGCAGGCCCGACAGAGCCCGCGCUACUAGACAUCACAUUGGGGGAGCUGCUGACACUUCAAGCGCUGCAGUAUGGUGAAAUUGAGUGUCUGGUUUUCCCUUGGACUGGUGCGCGGUGGACUUAUGGCCAACUGAAGAGUGAGAGCGACCGCCUCGCCCGAGGGAUGUUGGCUUCGGGAAUUGAAAAAGGCGACCGCAUCGGCAUCAUGGCGGGGAACUGUGAGCAGUACAUCUCGGUGUUCUUUGCGGCCGCCCGAGUCGGAGCUAUCUUGGUUGUUUUGAACAACACCUACACUCCCUCGGAGCUAUAUUACGCUCUGAACCAUAGUGAAUGCCGAAUGCUCUUCAUGACACCUCGCAUUGGACGUCAUAAUAUCGAGGAAGUCUUGGCCGAACUCGGUCCCACCCCCAAAGAAUCGGCGACAUCGGUAUCCCUGGAGGAAAUCGUGAUCCUUCGAGGAAGCUACAACAACUUCACUACUUACCAGGAUGUCGUAGAACGAGGCCUAUCGCAGGCUGCCCAUGUGCUCCAGGACCGCGAAAGUGAAUUGCGGCCCACUGAUGUCUGCAAUUUGCAAUUCACCAGCGGCUCAACAGGCAAUCCCAAAGCCGCUAUGUUGACACACCACAACUUAGUCAACAAUUCGCGAUUUAUCGGUGACCGCAUGAACCUCACUUCUUUCGAUGUCCUGUGCUGUCCACCACCGUUGUUCCACUGCUUCGGGCUGGUCCUAGGCAUGCUGGCGGUGGUCACGCAUGGCUCCAAAAUCAUCUUCCCCAGCGAGACUUUCGAUCCUAAAGCUGUCCUGCAUGCCAUCUCUGACGAGAAAUGCACUGCCCUGCAUGGUGUCCCAACCAUGUUUGAGGCGAUCCUCGCUGUUCCCAAGCCCUCGGACUUCGAUACCUCAAAUCUUCGCACAGGCAUCAUUGCUGGUGCCCCAGUCCCGCGACCACUCAUGAAGCGCCUCUUAGCGGAAUUGAACAUGACUGAAUACACUAGUAGCUAUGGUCUUACGGAGGCGUCGCCUACUUGCUUCAACGCCUUCACCACCGACAGCAUCCACACAAGAUUAACCACCGUCGGAAAGGUUAUGCCACAUGCUCGCGCAAAGAUCAUCGAUGCGCAGGGAAAUAUCGUCCCUGUGGGCCAACGCGGUGAGCUUUGCAUGGCAGGCUACCAGCUCACUGCGGGAUACUGGAACAACCCAGCGAAAACGGCAGAGACAUUCAUCACCGACGCCGAGGGUGUCAAAUGGCUCAAGACUGGCGACGAAGCUUCUUUCAACGCAGAAGGCUACUGCACCAUCACUGGUCGGUUCAAGGACAUAAUCAUUCGCGGCGGUGAAAACAUCUAUCCUCUCGAAAUUGAAGAACGAUUGGCCGCACAUCCCUCUAUUGAGCUGGCAUCUGUGAUCGGUGUUUCCGAUUCAAAAUACGGCGAGGUUGUUGGGGCAUUUAUCGCGGUCGCUCCGGGCGCCGGUCGUCCGACUGACGACGAACUGCGCGCAUGGACACGCGAGACUCUUGGCCGACACAAAGCCCCGCAGCAUGUUUUUGUAUUUGGAGAAGAGGGGGUGCCGAGUACGGUUCCUGUAACGGGGAGCGGCAAAGUUCGGAAGGUGGAGCUACGGGAAAUGGCGAUGGCAGUGCUGGCCGCGCGCCAGAAGGUAUAA